CAAAUUGAAUUAGGAUACAAUGACGAAACAAUUUACAGAUGAUCCGUUUGAAAUCCUAUACGACGGUUAUUACUAUGACAUUACUGAAUUUUCUACGCGUCACCCUGGUGGGGACGUUAUUUUAUACUACACAGAGAAAGGGGAACACGCUACGCAAGCCAUUCAGCAAUUUCAUAAUAGGUUCUUCCCAAAAGUAAAGUUAAUGCUGGAUAAUCUUAAGAGACGACUCGCCACUCAAACUGAAAGUCCAUUAACACCUGAAGAGAGAAAACGACAUGAAAAUCUUACCAAUGAUUUUAAUGAAUUAUUUAUCUGGGCAAAAAAUCAAGGAUUAUUCGAACCAUCACCAUGGCGAAUUACUUGGCAAAUUUUUGAAUGCUCGAUGAUUUGGAUGAUUGGGAUUUACCUUUGUGGAAGUAGCAGAUUUAGUCUUCAAUUCUUCGGAGCCAUACUGUUUGGACUUGGCGCUGGUCGUGCAGGUGGUGUCCGGUAUUUUACAGGUCGUGCAGGUUGGGUAAUGCAUGAAGCGGGACAUCAUUCUCUGACUGGGAACCAUAAGGCUGACAGAUUUAUCCAAUCAAUCCUUUUAGGUAUUUUGGACGGUCUUCCAGGCGGUUGGUGGAGGAGACGCCACAACAAACAUCAUGCCAUGCCGCAGAGAAUAGAUUACGACGGGGACCUCAACACACUGCCAGUUAUCGCAAACUCGAUUGAAGUCGUAAAACACCCGCAUCAGGGAAGGUCGUUUUUUAUUCAAAACCAGAAAUGGCUUUUCCUCACUGUGGAUUGUUUCCUCGCCACGAUGGCAUGGCGUCUGUACAGCAGUCCAAGAAGUGUCACCAAGUAUAAAAAUUACUUUAACAUGGCCAUGAUUGCGAUUCACUGGUGGAUUCUGUUAUCCUUUGCGGCUCCUUGGACCACAAUUUUUGGAGUUUGGUUUGGAGGAGCGUACCUGUUCGGGAAUUUUGCUCUUUCCCAUAGUCGUCUACCCGUGGCUAAGAAACAAACGCAUUGGGUGGAGUACGCCUUUCGUCACACGGCAAAUAUCAAGUCAAGCUUCUGGGUUGAUUGGUGGACCGGAUAUCUAAAUUUUGAAGUCGUGCAUCACCUCUUCCCAACCCUGCCACCGUUUCGAUCCUAUUUACUGAGGGACAAAGUGAUGCCGCCAAGUAUGACCUUCCCUACAAUGAGUUUUCUUAUAUGGAGGCGUGGGUUCAAAAUUUUAGAAAUUUGGAUAAUGUAGCAAAACAUUUUAAACAAGUGUAAAUGCUAAUCAAUUAUUGCUCGUUGAUGGCUUAAAGUUUAAUAAAAUUACAAUUUGUAUACAUA